AUGGAACACAUUCAGAAAGUAACAGACCCAUCCUCAGCCAAUGCCAUCAACGCCUGUCUUGCGUGUCGGGAAAAAAAGCGCAAAUGCGACAAACGACUUCCGGCUUGCGCGCGCUGCAUCAGCCUGAAACGAUCUUGCAACUACAAUUGGAGUAGCCCAGGACAGCGCGGUGAUAAUGAUAGCGCACCAAUGAGGCUUUUGACAUGGAUUCUGCAGUGGGGAAUGGACCACCCCGGCACACACUCUCUGGAGAUCGAUGAACUCUACGUGAACCUGGUUUUUGAGAAACUAAACGAACAGGCCAUUUCAUUGGAUCGUCUUUUGGCAGAGUACUUUGGCAAUAUCCAUCCUUGGCUACCAGUUGUUUUGGAAAAAUCACUCCAUAAACAGGUGGCACAGCUGGACCAUACUCCUUGUGCAGAGACCGCCCUCUUGAUUCUCGCUAUAGUUCUAGUGAUGCACAGGGGCACGCAGGAUGUCCCACAAACUCAAUUCUAUAACCUCUUCAGAGGUCUCUUCUCUUUCCUUCAACUCAGACGUGGGCCCUCCUUGCCACUCAUACAGAGCGGACUGUUACUCGUGCUACACGAGGUCGGGAAUUCUGAUUCAGGUGCUGCAUCUCUAAGCAUCGCAAACAUUGCACGGCUAGGAUACGCGUUGAGAUUGAAUAUUGACGAUUUGAGCGAAUACAGUAACCGGCUAGCUUGGGUGGAAGGCGAAGAGCGGCGGAGAGUUUGGGCGGGAUUAUACCUGCUGGAUCGUAUUGUAUAUCAGGUAGAUGCCGGCUUCAAAGCCCCUCAUGCGGUUACAGACCUAUCAGACCAAUUCCGGCUGCCAGUGGAUGAUCUCACCCUAGAGCAAUUCCUAGACGGGGUGCUUCAGUGUAUACCUCAGUUCCCAAUAUCUGCCCCGGUUGAGAUUCCACUUUGUUACUUUGCCCGGGAAAUUCAGUCAGCUCGCCUCUUGGGCCAUGUGCAGAACUUUCAAAAAUCGUAUGAUGCGGAGUCUCUCCUAGAGAAGUUCACAGCGCUUGAUACUGCGCUUAUGCAAUUUGCUGAACAGCUGUUUGAGCAGACUCCUCGUGGAUGGGCUGUCCUGUGUGGAGCUAAUGCGACGACACUAAUAGCUGCAUUAAUCCUUCACCGAGUCCGGAUUGAUCAUAGUGCCCAAGUUGCCUGUUCGGACCCAUCCUAUUCCACAAGACCUUCACUUCUGGCACUGUCAUCUUUUAUCCACAUGGUCCGUGAUAUAUGUUGUAAAUUCAACUCGCUGGGCAAAGAGGACAAGAUUGAUUGGGUGCCAUUGCCCGCGGUAAUAUGUGUUGGGGAGGCCAUUUUGGCAGCAACUCACCUGAAGAAGAUUGUUGGAGGCGAAUUUAAACUCGAUGAUAGACCGCUGCGCCAGACAUUGAUCUAUGCUAGGAAGCAUUGGAGGCUCUGUGAGUGUUAUCUCAGACGCAUGGAUUGA